CCAUGUCUUUUACUCUAUUUAUGCCGUUAUUUAUAGUGAGAGUGGUGAAAUGUGUGCGAUGAAGGAAGUUACCCUCUUCAUGGAUGAUGCAAAGUCAAAGGAAAGUGCAAAACACUUAGGGCAGGAAAUAUCUCUUUUGAGUCGAUUGCAACAUCCAAAUAUUGUGCAGUAUUAUGGUAGUGAGAUGAUUGAUGAUAAACUUUAUAUUUACCUGGAAUAUGUAUCCGGUGGUUCUAUACAUAAACUCCUCCAGGACUAUGGUCAAUUUGGUGAGCCAGCAAUUCGUAGCUAUUCCCAGCAAAUUCUUUCUGGAUUAGCAUAUUUGCAUGCUAAAAAUACUGUACAUAGGGACAUAAAAGGUGCAAACAUAUUGGUAGAUCCAAAUGGCCGAGUUAAGCUGGCAGAUUUUGGGAUGGCAAAACAUAUUACUGGACAAUCAUGCCCCUUAUCAUUUAAGGGAAGCCCGUAUUGGAUGGCUCCAGAGGUCAUCAAGAAUUCGAAUGGAUGUAACCUUGCUGUGGAUAUUUGGAGUCUAGGGUGCACUGUCCUGGAGAUGGCUACAUCAAAGCCACCUUGGAGUCAAUAUGAAGGGAUUGCAGCAAUGUUCAAAAUUGGAAACAGUAAAGAGCUUCCAAAAAUCCCUGAUCACCUCUCUGAUGAUGGCAAGGAUUUUAUAAGGCAUUGUCUUCAGCGUGAGCCAUCUAACCGCCCUACAGCUUCUGAGCUUCUGCAGCAUCCAUUUGUGAAAAAUGCAUCAUCAAUUGAGAAAUCUCCAAUUUGUUCUGAACCUUUAGAAUCACCAGGUGGUAUUUCAGCUGGAACAAACAUUAAGGUAACUAGCCAUGUGAAAAAUUUGUCUUCUCUGGACACAGAAGGAAUGACAAUCUAUCACAUAAGAGGUGGAGCACCUACCAUAACGACAAGUGAUGUUCUUAUGAGAUACAUAUCUUGUCCUGUCUCUCCGAUGGGAAGUCCUCACUUGAAUUCCAGGUCUCAACGGUAUGUGAGUGGAAGGAUGUCCCCUUCUCCCAUUUCGAGUCCUAUAGCCACCUCAGGUGCAUCUACACCUCUGACUGGUGGCAAUGGUGCUAUUCCCUUCAGCCAGUCAAAGCAAGGGGGUCGGGAACCUGAUGGCUUCAAUCGCUUGUCAAAAUGCAAAAGUGAUGUGUAUCUUAGCGGGACCAUUUGCCAUGAACGGAAACUCAAUCUUUUAGCUGGAAUGCAGCAAGGCCCGCAAAAUGUCUGGGAAAGAGUGGCAUCAGAAGCUGACAUUCGCAGUGCUCAGUUUGGUAGGUUGAGACAGGUUAAUUUACGGGAUCCUCAUGAGAAGCAGCAUGAUCAUGUGCUCCUUCGUUCUGUAAGAGAUCAAGUGAAGCUUAAGCCUUCACAAAGUCCCAGCAGUUCAGGUAUUCCAACUCAUGACUCACAAAGGCUACAUGACUGACAGAAUGAUCAGCCAGAUCUUAAUUUUUUUUUUUGUUGGUCUGGCAUGCUUAUAUUGCCCCCCAAUUUCAUCCCAAACUAAUUUAUUUGGUAAGGAAGUUGCCACUGUACAAUCAUUCUUUGUUCUUUGGAGACUUGGGCAGUGGACUACGUUCUUUUCUACAAAUUCUCUGCCAAGUUUCAAACUGCUAAGUAUUAGUGGAGUCUGCAGAUUGACGCAGUGAUUUCAGAGGAUGCAAGUUCUUUGUUAGGAAAGCAAAAGAGCAAGCGAUGUUUGGAAAACCAGAAGCUCGGAACUCAACUUGUGCAUACAGUUUGACUAUUUGUAUAAAGGCUGACCCCCACAUUGUCCAACAUUUUGCAUCAUUAAGUUAUUAUACUAUGUCUGACUGCAUCAGUUUGGAUGUACAAUUAACAUAUUUCUAAGCAUUCUCUUCUAUGCAGUUAUCUAUA